CACGCUGAUGAAGCGGCUGGAGUGAAUGCUUCCAGCCUCGGCUGGAUGUGUUGGCGAAAGGACCGGUGAACCUCUGAGCUUGUGCCCCGUGCUUCCGACGCUCUUCCCGCCAUGGUGGGAACAACAAUGUCAGCUAAAGAGCGAGGCGCCAUGCGAGCCAUGCAAUUGCCCUUGCGACACCGGGCUUGCAGAUCAGAGCUGAGUGCUCGCCAAAUGUGCAACACAAGGCUCUCUUGCAUAGAUAUCACAUCCUUCGUGUCCGGGGCUGGACUAGCGAGCGCUUCUCGCGGGAGGGACGGUGGCAACCGUCAGCACCCAAGCAACGGCUUGCCGUCUUGGCGUCGGGGAACAAAUCCGCGGUUAGAGAGGUUAAGUUGUUACCAUGGUCGGUGGUUGUCGGGUCCUCGCAGGAGCUCGCGGUUUUACCCCACGCUGCAGGUCCCAGGUCCAAGUCGAGAUAAGAUCCCGACCUGGCCCAUCGACCGCAGCUCCAGCAGCUUGGCAACCCUGUCCGCUCAUCGAGGGCCACUGACGAUUUUUUUUGUUCGAGCCGACCAGCGUGGUAUUGAGCUCAGAAUCACCAUCUGCCGACAUUGUGAGCGUCCGUUUCAGUGCCAAAACUGGGGAUUCAGCCGCGGUUUGAAUAACCACGAGGAGAACUUUUCGGAUCCCGUAACGGUGAGGGGUCCAAAAGGCGUAUCAAAGCAGACAAAUCUUCGGAGAAACCAAGUUUGCGCGUGCUGCUGCUGAGGACCGACACGUCAAACGACCUGGACUGCAUUCUCGUCAGUGCCCGACGCUGUACGUGUAGACUUUGCCACUCAUCCCGGCAACCCC